UCACGGUUGACCUGAUGUGACCUUAUUUACCUCCCUGAGAAACUGAGCAAGGCCCGGUGAGAAGAAGCAAUUUGUAGGUAAAAUCAUGGAUGUCGACUCCACAAAACGCCGUGUGGUUCUGGCAAUGGACGGGAGUGAAUAUGCAGACUAUGCUUUUAAUUGGUAUGUCGAGAACUUUAAGAUGGACGGAGACUUUUUAACGAUUGUCCACAGCUUCGAAGCCAAAAGUAUUGCGCAUGCAGCUUUAGGGUCUGAUGUUAAGGCUCUCGGUAACGUUCUGGAGGAGGAAGCCAAGGAGAGUAAAGCUCUAAUUCAAAAGUUACAGAAAAAGCUAGAGUCAGUAUCUGGGUUAAAUGGAGAAGUGAAAUCCAUCCAUGGUAAACCCGGAGAAGCAGUAGUUCAUGAAGCGCAUGCGCAGGGUGCUGACGUUAUAAUCUGUGGAACACGUGGUCACGGAAAAUUACGAAGAACCUUUAUGGGUAGUGUUAGUGAUUACAUCGUCCACCAUUCUCACGUGCCCGUCGUCGUCUGCCGUCACAAGGACCAUCACCAUGGUAAAGGUCAUUGAGUGACGUCAUUUCCUGUGCCUGUCCUCAGAAACUGAUUCUUCAUUGGCCAAACUACAACAAUGUAUUGGUUGUGUGUUCUACAAGUGACAAACUUUUAGUUAAAUUUCUGUAUUUGGGUAUAUAUUUUUUCUUUGUGAUUUGAGUGUUUGCUAUAUUAUUUUUUCGGUUUUGUUUUGGAGUUUAACAAUCUUUAUUUUAUAAUUACACUAACAUGGACUUUCAGACAGCAAUUAACUUUGAGGUGUUAAUAUUCAUACUGACGAUGAGUUAUAACCAAGGAUGAAUAUAACUACAUGUAGUAAUAUAAUAGACGUGUAACUUUAGGAACCAAAACAUUCUUUGUACACAGUAGAUAAUUAUAUUGGUCAAUGCGGCAUAUCUAUUUAAGUAGCAUAUAUUAAUUUACAAAUGUAUGUAUGAACAUUUAUAUCAUAUAUGUGAACGAAAUUGUCUUCGUCAUUUGUAUUUAAGAUUCACAAUUUAAUUUCUAAAUAAAGUGCCAUUUAUUUA